AUGAAGGUGAAGCUGCUUUUUCCGUACGCCGUGUCCUGCGUGUUCGGCGGCAUGGGCCGCGCCUGGGGCAUGGCUAUGGUCGGGCUCCACAUUAUGAUCUGCAUCGUCAAGGUCAUCUCCUUCACUACUGACCCCGAGGAGGCCCGCUUCUGGAUACCGAUCUUCCGCGUCUGGGUGUACCUCUGCAUGCCACGGUGUUGCUUACUUAUAGGUGUUGCUGCCCACCUUGCUCAAGGCACCACUAAAAAUUGGAAGAUGCUUCAGGUCCUUCUAGCUAUUAAUUGGUCUGGGGACAAAGAUAAUGCUAGAUAUCGCCUAGUUGGUGGCAUUGAGCAUUGCAGGAGGACCCUAACAGGGGGGGGGCACUUUUGA